AUGGAGCAAGAGAUGAAGGAGAAGAUCGAGAAGACGGUGCUAGAGAUUCUGAAGGAAUCGGACAUGACAGAGAUGACUGAGUUCAAGGUCCGUAAACUCGCUUCGGAGAGACUCGGUAUCGAUCUCUCAGUGAAACCUCACAAGGCGUAUGUACGAACCGUCGUAGACUCGUUCCUCGCAGAAGAGAGAGAGAAACCAGAGGACGUUGCGGAAGAAGAAGAUGGAGCUAAGGAGGAAGUAAGUAAGGGAAACAAAGAGUUGGACGAUGAUGGAGACCUCAUCAUUUGCAGGCUUUCGGAUAAGAGAAGAGUGACGAUUCAGGAAUUUAAAGGGAAGACUUUGGUUUCAAUCAGAGAGUAUUAUAAGAAAGAUGGCAAAGAACUUCCUACUUCUAAAGGAAUAAGCUUAACAGACGAACAGUGGUCAACUUUCAAGAAUAACAUUCCAGCCAUUGAAAAAGCUGUCAAGAAAAUGGAAUCGCGUGUAUGA